UCACAACCUGCCUGGAAAGUAAACGAAAAACGUUUUUUCAGUCGUGUGAAUGUCAGGCACACACUGUACAGUAUACUAGAGAGAGGUCACCAAAAGAAAUCACAGCUAGGAAACUACGUUUAUCUAGCUAAAAUAGAUACAACUUGGGGCUCCUUGUAGAUUGCUCCGAUUCUUGUCUGCUGACCUUCAAGUACGCAGGAGAAGACACAAGUGAUGGCAGCUCCGACACCGAAGAAGCAAUUUCCUAUUGUGCCAAAGAUUGUCAAUGCUGGCAUUGCUGGUGUGGUUGGUGUCAGCUGUGUAUUUCCAAUUGACCUGGUAAAGACUCGUCUACAGAAUCAACAAAUUGGACCAAAUGGGGAACGCAUGUACAAGAGCAUGCUUGACUGUGGAAAGAAGGUAUUCAAAGCAGAGGGCUUCCUGGGAAUGUACAGAGGUUGCGCAGUGAAUGCAUUGCUUAUAACUCCAGAAAAAGCCAUUAAAUUAGUAGUAAAUGAUUUAAUGAGGCACAAGCUUAGCAAAGAUGGACAGUCGCUGUCUCUACCACGCCAGAUGAUAGCGGGUGGAAGUGCUGGAUUGUGCCAGAUAGUGGUCACAACUCCAAUGGAACUACUUAAAAUACAACUGCAAGAUGCAGGCAGAUCAGCCCAAAAAGGUAGCCAGCCAGUAGCUAGGAAGUCUGCGCUAACCAUUACUAUGGAAUUAUUGAGAACAAAAGGAAUCUUUGGUCUCUACAAGGGGAUGGCUGCGACCAUGCUACGAGACGUUGUCUUCUCUCUAAUCUACUUCCCGCUAUUUGCCAACCUUAAUAAACUAGGCCCUCGCAAGUCGGAUGGUAGCGGGGAGGCUGUCUUUUACUGGAGCUUCAUCUCUGGUUGUGCAUCGGGAUCGGCAGCAGCUCUUUGUGUUAAUCCAUUUGAUGUUGUGAAGACCAGGUUGCAGACACUUACUACGGCAGCCGGUGAUCGCACUUACACUGGAAUUCCGGAUGCUUUUCGGCAAAUCCUGAAGUAUGAGGGUGUGAAAGCAUUCUUCAAGGGAGGUGCCGCCCGUAUGAUCGUCAUAGCACCACUGUUUGGUAUCGCACAGAUGGUCUACUAUUUUGGCGUGGCUGAGAGCAUUAUGGGGAUUGAACAGCAUGCAACUGUGUAACACUAGAUGGCAGCACUGGGGGGCAAGAAACUGUUGACGCUUUUUACUAGUCUACUAAUUAGUUUUCUGUUAUUUACACUACGCAUCAGCUGUGAUGGAGCGGUUGGGAGUAUUAGAGGCUCUCUGGUAUUACGAAUAAUAAUUGUAGGUUAAGAUUAUAGAUUUCCAUCUUCUUCAGAUUAGCAGUGAAAAUAAAGUGCUUCUCUGUGUGUGACUAGCAUUGCAAGAGUGCUUGAUAGACUGAUGUAUGGGUAUGUGCGAUGCACCAGCCACCGGUUAGGUUAGGCCAAAACAAAAUAUAUGUGUGGUUACUGUUACAUGCCGAAAAAAAUAGGGUAGGUAGGUAGGGAAAACAUUUUAUUUUCUUGAAAUAUUUUAUUUACGAACCAUGUCUGAAGGAUGUGCGUUGUGCCUUUUGAAGCAGGAACUGGAAUUCAUAUUUUUUUAAAUUUUAAAUUUUUUUACUUUAAAGAAAAUUUACUGUAAAAUGUUUAGGAUCGCUGGGAAUAAAUAGGGUCGGUCGGGAAACCGUAACCACACCUAUAUUUUGUUUUGGCCUUACAAUACUAGGACCACUUCUUUACAUGGUUUGCAUCUAGAAUGCAGGUGAAAUCAACUAGUAGGACCAAAUUCGUAUCUACAAAAUGGAUCGUAACGGAGCAAUAAUAUAUUUUUCCCUUGAGUCCACAUAUAAUAUAUAUUCUUUCACCUAUGUUUUAGCCCAUGUGUAUUAACCCAACCAGGCUGUGUGACUAACGUCAAUAUACACGUUAGGUCCCCUAACCCUAGCAAAGACCGUUUCUUGGAGCUACAUGUGUAUCAUCAGUACUGUAUGUAAGCUUGUUCAAAUAGUCAUCCUCUGCUACCAUAUGCAAUGUACGAAAUUAUGCAUAUCACUAAGUAGUUUUAGAACCUUAUUCAAUUAUUACUUGUACAAAUAAUGGAGUAUAGACUAAAAUUAUUGAUAAACACUCAUUCUAGACAUUCUUACAUAGCAACAUAUAGUCAAGAGCGUAUUGUGUAUGUACUUAAUACGCUCUUGAUAUAGUACAUAUGCAGUAUAUAAGAUUAACCAUAUAUCGACCCGAUAGGUUGAAUCAGAAUCGAAUUCAGAGUUUGGUGCAGUUUUAUAGCGCCAGCUUGUUCAAUGUACAGUUGCUAGUUAUAUUGACUGCUUAUAUGCUCAUCACAUUAAAUUCCUAGAAUUUCAAACUGUAUUAUCACACGUCUAUACGGUUGUGUUUGCUAUGUAAUAUGUUGGCUAAGUACACGUUGCUGGGUGCUGUGGGGUGUGAGCAGAUACCACCAGUAGAAUAGCUGUUAUCAGGGGCGUGUACAGGGGGGGGGUCCAGGGGGUCUGGACCCCCCCCCCUGCUCGCGCAGAAAAUGCAUUUUAGAGGGGUCUAAUUACAAAAAUUCCCCAGACCCCCCCUUCGCGUGCUCGCAACCUUCAGUUAUGGUUAGUCCCCUUCCUGGUAAAAAUCCUGUACACGCCCCUGGUUAUUGUGCAUUAAUAUGCGAAAUAUACUUGAAUGUUGGCCUGGGGGCCAUUGUCAGAAACAAAAUUAGUCUAAGCAUUAACUUUUUGAUGUUUCUGACAAUGGCCCCAGCCUUUUGGGGCCUUGUAUAUUAUAAUUUGUCUAAUAUAAUACCAGGAGUGACUAAAAACAAUGUUUUUUUCCACUCCUGAUAAUAAUAGCUGAUUCAAACGCAUGCUUCCAAAUUUACUGCAUUGUAUUGUCCAUAUAUGUAAUAUUCUGGAUAGGCUAUCUCUACAUUUCUAUAAUAUUGUUAGUCAUGUGACAUAAAUUAACAUUGUUAUGAACUUCUCUCUCAGCAAUCACUCUAAGAUAUGUUAGUGAUUGUUCGAGUGAAUUAGCUGUUACUAGAUGACCAAAUAAACCAUUAAUGUUUAUUGGUGCUGAGGAUAUAGGAGAUGUUAUUGACUAGUGUAAUCGUAUUAUAGUAGCAAUAUAUCGUAAGCAUUGUUGCAGUGUGUGCAUUUAUUACGGUUGAACCUUGUGAAUCUGGCAUUCCAUAAUCUUACAACUUACAUAAGCUUAUAUUAUUCCUGGCGCAGUUUUAUAGUGGCUCAGCAAUAUUUCGAGAGGACAUUCUUUUUUUUAUGAAAUCAUGAUCAUCCGUCGUUCCAUGUGUCUGAAAUAUGUAAUCGUGUUUCUACACAUCGAGAAUAAACUUCAAUAUAAGCUCGGCUUAGGCUUAGGUAUGCUGCCGUUAAAUUCAGUGUUCUUGGGUUCACGGAUUAUUGAGGUUUAAUUGUUUGCGUAAUAUGCACGUUAAACAGCCUUGAUUUGCGACGUUAUUGGAAUUUAAUUGCUAAUACGUAAUAUAGGCCAACGGAAUGCAAGUUUUAAAUAUAUUUUUAUGCUAAUGUGUGAAGAAAGCGCUUAGCAUUUAAAAAGUUUAUUUAACACGUUUUUUGUUAUAUGCCUCUAAUGUUUUUUGUGCCGCGAAUGUAUCCUUGAUUGCUCGCCAAACUGGAGGUAUGUGAUUGCACAUGCGUGUAUGGGCGUUCGUGCGUGCAUGUGCGCGUUCGUACAUGCGCGCCGCGUAUGUGUGUGCAUACGUAUAAAUAUUCAUGUGUGUUUAAAAGACGUGCUAUGAAACGAUUGCUGCUGAGAUGAAGUGCCAUUCCCGUGAUUUCUAGCCACACGUUUUAUGUAUGUACGUUUACUGCUGUGUUUCCUUACGACGGCUCGUUCAAAAUGCAUCUACCAGAUCUACCAGAUGCAACAUGUAGGUUACAGCUCUAUACGUAUACAUACACACGGUGAAUACUGUCACGAUGGUUUAAUAUUUCAGUGAUUCUACCUCGUAGAAGUCUAGGUGGUGCUAUCUAAAAAAAAAAGUGCUUCAAAUGUACAUUUAGUGAACAGAAAACUCAAUAUCGCAGAGUGUAUGUAGAGUGCUUCCGUGUCUUUGCAUGGUUUGUUGGCGCAGUAUUAAAUGUAUGCGCUUUUUACUUGUACACAACUUAUGACUCAAGGGGGGGGGGUGAACUUGCGUCAUCUUAUAUUUAAAUAAAUAGGACCAGGUGGUGUGUACAGCGAAGUAUCUGGGUUUUAAAAAAAGUUGCAUUUUAAAUGUUUAAUGUAUUCGCGUAUAGGUAAAUUCCAUGCCAUGCUGAACACGUCGUUCGAAACGUGAAAAUAGGCUAUGGCUAACCAGUCGACGCCGCAUCAGCGGGGCCACAAAGACAAGACGCUCAUGGCGAACUUGUUGGGGGUGUUAAUUUCGCGAGCUCUGUACGUCGUGAAUGGUUAGAGAACAUUCUGCUUUCAUUGACCAGUGGUAUAAUCACAGUCGUACUGCGCACGUACCAGUGCAAUGUCUACGUCUUGAGUGUAACUUCUGAGAUGUACUAUAUUGCGAUUGUGUACCAAUUGUCAUCAAUAAAAGAACAGGUUAAGCCGUGAUGAUGUGAUA